AUGAAUUUGUUGGAAAAAGCAGAGAAAGCCUUGGAAUAUUUGAAGACCAACGAUGGAUCUACAAAGAGCCAUGAGUUGCAGACGGCGGCUGGUACGUUGGGUCGAUGUCUGGGAGCCUUAGGAAGUCGCCCCAAUUUUGCAAAGCACUAUGCAAACUUAUUACACACAGCUAUUCCUACAUUACUAUCUUUGGCUAGUAACGAUAAUGCGGAAGUACGACUGGUGGGCGAUGAGGCCCUCAACAGAGCAGUUGUAGGUGGACUUGCAUUCCAUUCACAUAAAACAAACACUAUAUUACAAAAUUACAUAGACAUUACCAGAAAUGCAAGAUGGAUCCGAUCAGCAUUAACUCGUAUAUGCCUCGGCGACUCCUGGCUGCGCCCUGGCACGGGCAAGAUACGGUCACAAGCUCAAACACUGAUCCCCAAGUUGAGUCUUAUUGUACGGCAGACAAGCGAGAUACAGCUCAUUGUGGAGGCGUUAGAGAACAAUUUACCUCGUAUUUUGACUGCAUUGGCUGAAUACACGACGGAUGAAGAAAUAUCUGAUUUAGCGAAGGCACUAUUAUCCCAUGUGGAAUCAACAGAGCCUGCUGUACGGCGAGGGGUGUCCUCAUGUGUGGCGCAUCUCUGCUCGCAUAAAGAACUUUUGCUUCCUAACAUAUUGGGGAAAGUGUUUGAGAAACUAUGGCCCAUAUCAUCAGAGAGUACAGUAAUAAUGGGUUGGUUUUGUGUCGUCAAAGCCAUCUUCCAGAUCAACGACAUAUCGAAAUUCAACGAAAAUGAACUCUUCACAGUGCAAGAUUAUUUAGAACUAUACCAACUGUGUGUACACUACAUAGAACAAUGUUCGGAACAUAACACACAAAACACCGUGAUGGAGUGUCUCACUGUGUUGCUGUCCCAUGCCACUGGCGACUUCAGGAAGGCAUUGCUGGAUAAACGUCCACAUUUUGUCUGUUUGGAUGACAGGCAGACCGACAAACGUCAUAAGAGGAAUAUCAGUUCAGCAAGCGUGGUGUCAACACGUUACGUGCCCAGUCCGUCAUCAGAGCAUCUCAAUACUCUGGAGCUCUCGUUCACUGGGGAACUACAGCUUGGUAGCGCUUUACAGCUUAACACGCCGAGCUUGAGCGUCGAAGACUUGAGUAUACAGACACCAGAAUCUCCAACAAGUGAACCCGAUGUACAGAUGCAAAAUACAGAGGAGCUGUCCAAAGAAAUAUCAGAAAAACUCCAAGAGUACGAGGAGAGCGAAGACAAGGAUUAUGAUCAAGUCGAUCAGCCCCAGGAACACGGGUUCAAGGUAAACAUUGGUUCUUCCACGGAUGAGGAUAUCCCACUGAAGUACUGCGCAAGGCUGCUCGCUUCAAAGUACUUAUUGACUGGCAACAAGGGAGAGCUUAUUCACGACAGAACAGUGAGGGUGUCUGUAAAGGCAUCAGCGCUCAGCUGUUUAUCAGAGAUCCUGCAUCUGUAUCCUCAGGUUGUUACUAUGUACUUGGACAAAGAUGCAGACAUGAAGAAUCAUCAACACAACAUAUCAGGUUCUUCAGAGGGCACAGAUAUGCACCAAGAACAUAUAAAUGAUUUCAUUUUAGAACGAAAUGUUUGCUAUCAGGACUCCUCAAGUGAUUCCAUGAGCCAAGACUUCCUAAACAGAAGUACGGAUAGCCAGCAAACAUCCAAUUCUCAGCAAAUAUACAAAAAAGAUAGUAAAUCUCUAGAAAAAUCCAUAGACAGUGAGCAAAAGAGCUCAACUAAGGAUGUGCCAAGCGCAAUUCUCGAUAGCAAAUAUGGCAAAAGCGAUAUGGGUAUGAGCAUAGAUAGCACCAACCCUAAUAUGACUAAUAGCAACUUUACAACUAAUUCUAACCUAACUGGUAGUACUUGGUACCCAAUGUCCAGUAGUGGUGAUGUCUUAUCAUCAAGUGUUGAUUUAGAUAUGAAGUUUGAUCAUUUCGGUGAAUCACCAACUAAUCUUGAUAACUUAGAUGCAUUGAAAGAUUUAGAAAAGAAAGAAGAUAGGCCGAAGAGGCCAUUGAGACGGACGUUUGCUAAAGUGGCCAAGGAGGAUGAUAAAGGGUUGAAAGUUGAGGAAAUUGUGGAGAAAGACUUCAUUUUUCAACACAUGUCUGAUGUUUUUGUGUUACUGGAGGGUCAUAAUGAUCCCCAAAUUAGGGGUUUAGUGCGGGUCUGUAUCGGGAAGUAUUUGAGUGCAGCGUUAGAACUAUCGCACGGUGAUUAUCAUAGAUGGAGGAAUUUCAUUGUGUUACCCAAGGAUGUAAGCAAUAAUAUCAGCACUGAGAAGUUGGUUGGAAUAGUAUUGAAGGGUCUUACAGACGAUAUUCAUUCGACAGUUAACCACACUCUUUCGGCUUUGACCAACAUGGCGGCCGCUCUGUGUGCAAGUAUACACUGGUCUCUGAUGAUCGACGCAUUGAACUCUCUGAUCACGGUCGAGAGUAACGGCUACUGGUUGUGCAGAGUUAACCUGUGCAAGUUGUAUGAGAAGCUGCCUUAUCAGAGAUUAUACAUAUUGUACUCAGGAUAUCACGUAAGGAGUAAGACUAUUAUGGACACGCUAAUGCGAUUGUUAGCCGAUCAGGACCAGAAAGUGAGGAAAGCAGCGGCGCAUAGUAUAGUUGAAAUAAUACCAAAAAUUUAUCCGCCAAAACGUUCCACUCCUAUCACAAUGGUCACAGAUAUGGCUAAGGAACACAGCCAGAAGUUUAUAUUUGACAAGAACAAACUGUCCUUGGAUCUAGUGCGUGAUAUGUACUUUUAUAGCGAUCUGCCGGACCAGCUGAGGUGUGGCGACGUGAUCACCAAUGAGGAUAGCCUCAGGAUUGUAAUAGCUGACUUGCUGGCGAGGACUCUGUCGUCAUCUUGUAAAUUUUAUACUCAAGGUCUUCUCGAAACUCUCCAAGCGAUAUGCAAGAGAUGGUCACCAUGGAAACACAUAGACGCGUACACCGAACAAGGUAUACUCAGCUACUGUUUGGACAGUCUCGAUUAUUGCAACGGAACUGUUGUGGUCAGGACUGUAUUGCUCGACUUGUGUGCUUUGGUGUACCCAGUGGAAAUCCACAAUUUAAUGAAACACAAGACGUCCAAUCGUGAUAUAUUUGAACGUGAUUCCUCAAACGCUAGACAGAGAUGGCAACACUUAGAGAGCGAGAAAGUCGGCAACCUCGCAGAGAAAUUCCUACAAGUGACAUUGAAGAUGCUUAACGUAUUGGUGCAUUUGAUAGAGGAAGUUAAUCCCAAUGUACAUUUGAAUAAGGGUGGAAUCGCCUUACCCGGGAGUCCAGUAAGGAGGAAGACUCAAGAUUCGACGCCGCGAAAGGCGAGUAACGCCUCAGAAGUCACGGACGAUAAAGGGUCAUUAAGAAAGAAGGUGCCAGUUCCAGCGACGAGUUUGAAAGCCAAUUUUGCGGGUCACUUUUAUACUGAGCCGUUUUAUAUGAGAUUUUACGAGACACUGCGCGCUACGUAUUCUAAUCAUAAGAUAAACUUAGAUCCACGGAACAGUAUGUUUCACGAUUUUCUAUCAACUGUGCUCAAUACGUUAGCAAUUCAAUUAGAACUGGCCACCGAGAAGGAAUUUGGACCAGUCACAGAAGAAAUAUUGUACUACCUCAAAGUACUAAUGCCUCUCAGACCUGACACUACAGUAUACUGUGUAACACAAUUAUUAAAAUGUCUAUUUGGUACCAACAUGAUAAGUCAAUACUCAGAUUUUAUGAGUAUAAACGAUAAAAAUGAGGCAAAAGACAAAAAUAGCUUCUUCCAUGAUGUAAUGUUGAUUAAUUCACUAAAUACAGAUAAAGGGUCUAGAAGGAGUAGUGGCAGUUCUAAUGCUAGUCAGAAAUUGGCUCUGGACAGCAAGAAUCCAAGAAUGAUGGAAGAACGGCAAUUGUUGAUAGCUAUGGAGAAUUUCUCUAAAAAUAAAAUGGAUAGAAAAUGGAGUACGAAUAAGAAGGAGUUGGAGAGGUAUAUAAGGUUGUUUGAACCUGUUGUUAUACAAGCUCUGAAGAGCUAUACAAUGCAAAACGACAUACCACUACAAUCCAAGGUACUCUGCUUACUGAACCAACUCCUCACUUUAAGAGUCAACUAUUGUAUGUUGGACAAUGAUCAGGUGUUCAUCGGGUUUCUGAUGAAGCAACUGGACUUAGUGGAACAACAUGAGAUACCGAACUGCUGCGACUUGGUGUACAAUAUACUUCUGUUUUUGGUACAAUUGUCAUCAUCGAAACAUCAUACCAAGCAAAUUAUAGAGAUUCCUAAGCUAAUUCAAUUGUGUGAUGGACUUAUGGCUUCUGGUGCCCAUUUGGAGUGCAUCGCCGGACUGGAACCCGUGGCCGUAAAGGUGUUCAGCAGUAUGGGAAGUACCAGCGUGUUGGGCAGAACACAACAGCAGGAGGCGCAAGCAACCAGAGAAGUUCUAUUCUACAUGUUGCAGAAGACUAUGCACCAGCAUAAGGUACUAGACUUAGUAUCGUGCGUGCUAUCUCUCUCACAAGAGCACCCAGAAAGUUAUUACCGCUGGUCAGAGCUAGCCACAGAUACUCUACUAAAUCUCUUAACACAGAGAACUAUAGAAAUAGACUCUGCCGAGGCUAUAUCGUCUCUAGAAAGGUUACUGGACUCGAUAUAUAAAGAUGUUCUGUUGGAACCUUCUAGAGUGGAAGUCCUGAUGAAAAUACUGUUCAAGGCACCACCAGAUCAGCUAACAACACCAACGAAGUCGAAACUCAGAUAUUUAUCAAUAAUUAUGGUAUUACUAAGAAAGGUGCUCAUACUAAUACCGGAAAGUGAGAUAUUACUGACCAUAAACUAUUUGAAAGCGAGCAGUCUAUCACCGCAAUCAAUAUUCUUCAACGUAAAACCAGAUGUCGAUCCCCUGAAUGUUCAGAAUGUUAAUGAGAACUGCGCGAACCUGUCGCCAGAUGUCGUUCUAGUCAGAUUGCUGUUCAAAACAUUGACGUACGUGAUAAUUGAGAUGGACGGAUGCUAUGAUGGCUGUGACGGUGCUAUAUCCGACCUUCAGAAGACUGGUAAUAAGGUCGAGAAUGACAGAUUGUUGUAUUCGGUGUGCGUCAAUAUUAUAGUACAAGUGAAACAUAUGCUGCAUUUGACUAAUGGCUGCCUCUUCCCAUUAACAGCAAAGACCGCUCAAACUAUACUGCAUAAUGAACAGAGCGGUCUCAAUACUGGUCUCUAUAGCCCUGAUGAGAAUAUCCCACUGGACCUGCUCAAUCUGAUCUGCCUGCGCUCAGCACACCGUAUACCCCUGCUCACUGUUCACUGGUCGCAUCUGUUGAUCAGGCUGAACUUCUUAACUCACAAGUUCUGGCAGAAACUAAUAGGUUUCGCCCGCAAUCUGCCUCUUAGAGCAGACAGCGCCGACAAGCAGCUACUACGGGUCGAUAUAUUACAGAUAGCUUGCGUGAUGGCCUACUGUGAAUAUUUUGUAGACAAUGGAUUAUCAGAAGUGGUGCACCUGACCUGGCUCCUAGUCAAUCGAGGUCAUAUCCUCAUCAGCCAGUACCAGGAGAGUGUGGUGCAUAGUCUAAUAACCAAGGUACAACAGACGGAUAGUGCAUCAGGGCUGUUCCUUCAAGCUGUAGCUGCAAGAUGCCAGAAUUUUUUGAAGGAUGAGUUUGCACUGAACGCAUAUAAAAUAUUGUCAUUGUGCCACGAAAGUCAGUCUGGCGCUUUGAUAUUCUUUAUAUGCCGGAUUAUUGGUAAACAGGAGCCAGCACUAGCUGUGAGAUUCGCUAAAUUGGCUAUAGACAGAUGUUGGAUGCUGAAAGAGAUGAAUGAGGAGAAAAUAAACGAACAGUUGUCUAAGGAGGACGUUCAGAUUGCGCUCGAGAUGCUGCAACGAGAUCAGGCGCAUGUACGCUACCCAUCACUAGUUAUGGAACUAAAUUCUCUUGCGUCGACAUUUUUCGCACUUUCUCCACUGGACUUGUCGCAAGAUCGUGCUAUUAACCCGCAGUACAUCUCCACGACAAGUGUCGAUGCCAACUGGCUAGCGAAUCUGGUGAAAAGCAGAUGCUGCCAAAAAGAUCCUACAACCCGCAAGCUGACCAAUCAAAACGAGCUCGCACUUCUUAUGUGGAAUCUGUCUGAAGAAGAACUGACAACUGUCACGUCGUGUCCCGAGUUUGACAGGAAAAUACUAAGUCCCUGCUUCAAGAUAUCCACAGAUAAUUAUAUUAGGGAGUUCCUAAACGUUGUCUCUGUUCAUGAGUCGAAGGAGAUAGAGAAAGAUCGCAUGAAGGAACACCGAGAGGCGAUGAAAAUAAAAGAGGAUGUGACGACCUCAAUCGAUAGCAACAAACUCAAUGUUGCGAACACGUUGCACGUAUUCAAGAAGAGCGAUAGCAAAGAGUCGAAAUCGCAGUUCUUCAUACCAAUUAGAGAUAACGAGAAUGCGAAAGAGAACUUUGGCCAUCUGGAGUUGACAGAAGAAGAGACAGAGUUGAUAUUACCAGAGCUGUCGGGAUUAUACCGAGCGGCUGUCGCGACUUUUGACAAGUGUUUGACAGAUGUCAUCAGGUUGUUCCCGAAACAAAACCGUCCGUUGAGCCAAUCGGAGAAUUUCAAUUUGAACGUAGAACAAUCUAUAGACAGGUACACGCGUAGAUGUCAUCAGGUGUUUCAAGACAAACUGUUCUAUCAGGAGUAUAUCACAUUGCACACGAUUCUGACUGGUUACCUCGACGCUCUGCGUCGAUUAAUCGGCACAAUCGACGAAAUCGAUUGUGAUUUACUGGACAAGUCUAUCGAUAACAUUCUACCGGGUAGUUUGGCGAAAAAUAUAGCGAUAUUCUCAGUAAUGUCUCUCCAGUAUUUGUCGUUUUUGAUAAAAAACAAGCAGAUUGUUGAGAGUCCGAUAAACAAUGACGUAUCGUUUCGAACUCCGGAUGUAACAGAAAAUAUUGUGAUAGACAAUGUAAUAUUGAUAACAGUGGAUAAUGUUGCGAAGGCGUUGAGCUUUCAAGAGGUAUGGACAGAAUUGAACAUGAGCAAUAUGAAUAAAACUCAGUCCACGAUAAGCUGUCUGUAUGCAGUUGUGAAAUAUUUAGUGAAGGAUUCGAAGCCCCUAGUGUUGAAUCAUUACAUUCAAACCCAAGACACCGGUCCAACCUCUGAUAUGAUUGUAAUCGGGAAUAAGUUGGUCACUCUCAUUGGUUAUUGGGAGCAGAAUUUCUAUACGAAACCAAGCAGCGUCAUGGGAAAGUGUUAUGUCAAACAUAUUGAGAGAUUACUUGUGAGUUUGUCUCGCCUCGAUAUAGUCAGCAACAUAGCCUUAAUUCCGCCAAUAGCCUGGUCAUCAGUAGAAGUUUCAUCGAAGAAGGAGUUACCUUUGAAGAUUGAUCUACCCCUCCAAGCAUUGCAGGAUAUGGAUAUAUUGGAAGCAUUUCUAUUCAGAGUAAACCUAAUUGGAUGGUCAUCCAAAAAGCAGUUCGAAGAAAUAUGGGUAGGUCUUCUUGGUGCAUUACAAGGCAACGGAACUCACUGGGCGAUACGGGGCAUUACUGAGUUGCUCAUCAGUACUAUACCCAAAGUACGCACUAAGGGGAUAUUACACGUACCCAGAUCGCGGGUACAUGUCAGUAAUGGGAUGCAAAUACUUCGCAAUAUAGUCGCCGGCACGUCUGCGUACAAGUUGUUCGAAUGCGUAAACUUAGAACGCAUACCGCUGCAGAGCGACGGUCUCGAAGGUUACCACUACCCGCAGUUCAACGCUGAAUACUUAAAGUUAGCUUCUGAUAUAGUCGAUGGGGGCUCAUACAAAGUUCGUCAAGAAAUGAAACGCAUAAAGAAGAACAGAGAAGUGGAUGUGAAUAGCUGUCUACAGAUCCUGAUGGAUGUCACCACACAGAUGUUGGACCCGAAGGCGGGGGCGGGCGCGGCGGCGCGCGUGGUGCUGGUGGCGGGCGUGCCGCACGCCGGCGCGGCGUUCUCUGAGGCGGGCCAGUGGUGCUGGGCGGGCGGGGUGCUGCUGUGGCUGGCGGCGGACCCCCACGCGGCGCUCACCCAGUACUCGGCGGCGGCGCGCGCGCUGCUGCUCGCGCUCUCCACCUGCCUCUGCGUGCUGGACGGCGUCGAGGGGCUCCAGGAAUUGUCAACGGUGCAUCAAAAACUGUUGAAAUCAUUAACAUCGAGUUACGCGCCGCUACGGCAGGCUGCACUCCAGGGUUGUCUCCUACAAUUGAGCAGUAAACCGGCGGUCGCGCCGCCUGGAGUACCGAAUCCAUUUCAAGAAUUGGUCACCAAACUGAACGUUGUUGUUGUGAGGCAUUACUUGCUUCCGAAUAACGAAAUUUCACUAUACGAACAAAGUCUGUACUGGACGGUGCUGUUCGCGCUGGUGGAACUCGGCCAUCCAGAUCUGAUCAACUUGGCUGUGGAUUUUGUGCUGAAACACCCCAGGCAUUACUGUGCGGACCUCGUUGUUAAGGGCAUAUGUACGACGAUUCGUCAACAAGUCCUACCUAAGGAUCUGAAGAAUACCAUAAUAGAGAAAUUGUUGGACAACAUGGAGAAUUACUGCGAACACCACGCGGUGCAAGUACUGAUGGUGCAUUUGUUCUCAGCUGACAAUAAACUACUGAGUCCUAAACUCACAUCGGACGUAUCAAACAUGGACCCAGACGUACUAAUGAGCUCUAUGGAACGCAUUACUCUCCUCUACAAGAGUCUACGUCAAGUCAAAAACAAGGAGAGCAAGACACUCAUCACGUCAGCCAUGAAGUACUUCCUGAGAGAGACUCUACCACCCGCGGCGACGUUGAGCAGAGUCGUAAUAGAGUUUCUGGAGAGUUGCAAAGAUGCUGAGAGGGUAAAGCUAGGUGUUAUAAGUGAUAGAGAGAGAUGGAUAGAGAGUGCUGUUUUGAAUGCGCAGAUCGUUUUUGAGGUGUUUGAAACAGCAGUAUCUCAAGACCAACUGCCGGUUCUAAGUGGUUGGAUCUUCGAAGCGUUAUGCCACUUACUGAACGAGAAAGUAUCCGCUACUCUACUCCCCUAUUGUGUUACAACAUUACUGGUUUCAGCCAGUUCGAACCAGUUCAUACGGAAAGUAUCACCGCUAUGUUAUAGCCUGCUCAGAUCUGGUUUCCACAAGGCGGUGGAUAAAGAAAUCGCUUGGGGUAUAUUCCGGAAUUUCCUGACGAACAGUGAGGACACCGUGUCGUUUACGGAUAGAAGGUUGAUGUGCGUGGUGUCCACACAUUCUGAUUUCACCGCACCUCAAUUGGAGAGAUUGAAGGAGUUAUGUGAUAAGAAUCAGUGCUUGGAAGAUGUUUUGCAUUGUCUAAACUUGUAGGUUUAGGACGCUUGGAAACGAUUGACUAGUCAGUAUUAUAACUGAUUACACUUAAAGACGUAGAAUAGUAGGAAUCGUGAUUGUUUUAUACCACAGUGGCAAUGUACAUGAACUGUGGUAAAAGUUAUUGUUUGUUCAUAAAUCAAAUACGAUGCAUCAAAUGUUUCGUUAGUAAUGUUUAGAUUAUCGACUUCAAAAUUGAACCCUACCGCAAAUUAAUAAAGUAAAAAAUGGAUUGACUUGUACAUAACACAUAGCGCCAUUUGCUUCCAAAAUAAAUAAUACUAUUUGUAAUUUUUGUAAAUAACAUAUUGCAGUUCUAUAUAAAAAUAUGUAUUCGAGAAUCCGAAUAUUUUAUUGUCCGGGAAUUGAACCCGUUUUUGU